UUUGCCCCUAAAAAACAUGGCGGAAAGCUUGCUGGUCUCCAAGGAAACACCACGUAGUGACGCCACGAAGUAGAUCAUUUUUGCGCACGCGUAGAAACACAUGCACCGGAAGUGAUCCUGUCGCUAUGCACGCCUUUGGUUUACUGCGCGUGUGCACAGAGCUCUUCCGGCACCUGUGUUGCCCAAAUGGUGGAGAAGAAAACGUCUGUUCGCUCUCAAGACCCCAGCCAGCGGCGGGUGCUGGACCGGGCAGCCCGGCAGCGUCGGAUCAACAGGCAGCUUGAGGCUUUAGAGAAUGAUAAUUUCCAGGACGACCCCCACGCAGGUCUCCCUCAGCUCGGCAAGAGGCUGCCUCAGUUUGAUGAUGAUGCAGACACCGGAAAGAAAAAGAAGAAAACUCGUGGUGAUCACUUUAAACUUCGCUUCCGAAAAAACUUCCAGGCCUUGCUGGAGGAGCAGAACCUGAGUGUAGCUGAGGGCCCCAACUACCUGACAGCCUGUGCCGGGCCCCCAUCCCGGCCCCAGCGCCCCUUCUGUGCUGUGUGCGGCUUCCCUUCCCCAUACACCUGCGUCAGCUGCGGUGCCCGCUACUGCACUGUGCGCUGUUUGGGCACCCACCAGGAGACCAGGUGUCUGAAGUGGACAGUGUGAGCUUAGUGUCCCUGCAGAGGAAGCCUCGGCCCACCACCAGCCUCUGAAGAACACGACCAAGAGGGGCACCCCAGAUGGAGCAGCUGCUCACUCACCCAGAAAGCUGUGUCCUGCCCUGGAGACCGGCUUCCUCAGGAACUGUGCAGGGGGCCAGCAGCAGAGCGCCAUCAGAAUAAAAGGCCUGGUGGCAGGAGCUUUCCUGCUCA